UUGUUUUCUCUUUACCCUUCUUCUCUAUUUCAUCGUUUUCGACAAGUCUGUAUCUCUGCAAAUCAUCUCCAUCUUCUAAUAUAUUUGAAAGCCUCACACCAAGAAAACUCCUAGUAUAUAUAUUUUAUAUUAUAUCCGGUAUUCUAUUUUUAAUCUAAUGAAUCAAGUAUCUACCGAUAAAAGUAUAUCCACUAAAUAAUUCUGUUAUUAUUUAAUUCUCAUACUAUAAUUUCGUCAUUAUAAUUCCGGCAUAAUUUGUUCACCAACCAAACGACCCUCAGUCUAUGUAACUUAGAAUCCAAAACUAAUCGGAUGAAUUUUGGUUGAGAAGUUGCAAUAUCAAAUUGUGUUGUUGAAAGUUUAAAUUGUAGAUACAGUUUGUUUCAAUUGGACCUUCAAAAGAAAACAAAAGCAUUCGCUGUGGAACUAGAACGAAAUAAUAGGCUGGGUCAAUCUCAUUUGCUAUAAAACAUAUCGUGGCCCAAAACUGGCCCAAAUUAUAUCAGAGAGAGGCAGAGAAGGAAGAAAAUGCGGAAGGUUGAAAUUGCUGGCGGCUCUCCAGAAUUCCACGACUUUUUUUGUCUUGUUGAAAACGAAAACGGUUCACUAUAUAGUCAUAAUACACAUAUUGAAGCAAACAUAAAAUACUAAUGCUCUUUUCUCAUUUGGAUAUUCUUUCCUGAAGAAGGUUGUAGAGAAAGAGAGAGAAUGGUGCUAUGGGAGAUCACAUUGGCAACGGCGUAUUUCUUGGGUCUGAAACGAACUUACAAGCUCUUCUUGAGGAUUCAGCGUAAGCUUAUUACUCCCAAUAACCCCAGGCUUCGUGCUUUCGCUCAAAGGCGAACACGAGCUGCCUUUGACGUGGCACUGACCAUUCAUCGCAAGAUACAGGAAAGAGAUAUUGAAGCUGGUAGGAAUCUUGGGAAUUGGAUCCUUCGAUGGCUUGACAAAAUGAAGCCAUCAGCUAAUAUUCGAGGAAAUCCCUCAGAUAGCAAUGCAAUUACGAGCGCAAGUAAGCAGCUUAGGAAAUCAUCUCACUCGCCAAAGCCGGAGGGAUUCCAGAAAUAUGGUGCUGGCCAGGAUAAGGGAUCCAGCAGCAGGCAUAUGUUUACCUCAGCGAGGAACACAUGGCAAAAAGCCUAUCCAACCAUUUCUAUGAUGAUCAAACCAAGAAGCCCUGCUGGAACAAGCAUCCAGUACAGGCAGUUCAACACUGUCUUGCCGGCUAGUUUCAAAGCCAUGAAUCAUGUGAAAAAUGGUUUUGAGGGAGUGAUCCGACCGGAUAUAUUGCAGUGGAUUCAACGAAGCUAAUCCAUUAACUACUCUGUUGCUGCUUUGGCCUUUUCACUUGUGGAGCUGAAGCAUUCGAGAAUUAGUUCUGGCAAUAACUAAAAGCGUUAUGGUUUUAAAUUAUAGUUUUUGCGGCUUCUGUUUUCUUUUGGCUGCCUAGGGCUUUCCAGUCAACCUUGUAAAUUCUUUUCGGAUUCUGCCCAGUACUUGCACUUCAACCAACCUUGAUUGUUGAGUUGCUCUCUUUUGAAUUUGAUUUCUGUUGUGGAAGUGUAUCAAGACCUGAGAUUAUCUUCCAUCCCAAAGAACAGGAAAACAAUACUUUUUCUUUGUUGUAUUAGCACUCUAUAGAUAAAGGUGUUUGGUGUU